AACGUUUGUGACUAGUUACCAGAUUCUUUAGCCAUUUUUCAUUUCUUGACUUUUAAACAUGGCGGCUGCUGCCAGAAUUUUAUCGUCAACUGCACGAAGAAUAUUGCCCAAAGUUUAUCGCAAGAUACAAAUUUCCCCUGGUUUGAAUUCUUGUUUGCAGAACAGACUCGCAUCAAGUAAACCUGGGGGGAGGUCAGAUUGGCCUGAUGAUGGUUUGGGUCUUGGUAACUAUCCAAAGCUUCCUGACAUUUCUUCGCAAACAAGAGCUCCCCAUGGAUGGUGGGACGUUCAGGAGAAAAGGAACUUUGGUGACACUUUGCACGAGGAAGAUGAUGCAUACAAUGUUUGGAUGUAUGAUGCACCAGAGAAGAGCAAAUAUCCACCAAAUGAAGCUCUUCGUCAUCUCUUGACUAUGUUUUCAUUGCUUGCUGUAUUUAUGUAUGUUGGUUAUCUUUAUGGAAAAACUGAACGUGGGAACCGCUGUAAAUAUACACCUAAGCAAUUUCCUUACAACGAAGACCUUCACAUUUACAAAGAUGGCGAUCCAAAGCAAAGGCUUCGAUUGGGUUGAAAGAAACUUUUUGUAUAUAUAAUUUAUAGGCUGUAAGUUCGACGUAUUAAAAUAUCGUGUUUCAAUUGA